ACCCCAAGUGGAGGAAGGAUCAAUUCAGUAACAAUCCAGAAUCAGGACACGAAUCAUACGACUCAUUUUAAAUUCAGAAUUCGACCGAAAGGCAGAGAGAGAGUACGUGAUCUGAACAAUAGUUGUUUAAUUUUACACAAUAACAUACAUAUUCUGGGACAAAAGUGAAAAUGCUUGGUGCCGACAUUUAUCAGAGUUUGAAGCGCAAGAUGGUCACUGCCUUGCAGAUAAGCAGUAGCGUUGUAUCGGAAGGAAUCCCCAUCGAUGAGCUAUGGCGAACCGCCGCGGAAUGUAAUUCUGCGGGUGAAGAUUCAGUGAGUAGCUUGGAUUCGAUAACGGAGGCGGUGCUCAAUGACGAAGGAUACCGGGCGUUUAGCAGUGAGAUUCACCGCACCAACAGUGGGACUAUGGUGCGCGGUGUGUUGACCUUCAUGGAACGCCGACAAAGGGCGGGAACCAUGACGAAAACUGUGAACCGGGACAUGGAUGAAUACGAGGACUUCAUUGAUGUGCUCCCGAAAUCAUAUUACGAAGACACGGAUCCAUUCUUCCUCGAUGAAUCUCUGCCAAAAGCCAUACCGACAUCCAUCGCAACCGUACCGGAAACAUCUGGAAACUACGUUACCGCAAUCGAAUCAAACACCACGAAUAGUAGCGACGAAGCGAUUCCAGAGUCAACCGCAGCGCGAGCACUACAAUUCUCCGAACGCGACGACGAAUCGGACAGCGGUCAAGGAAGUGGUGGCGAGUCACGCGCUUCCGACACUGUUGACACCGCGAACAUUUCCGAUUUGAUCAGUUCCCUCGAGUGCUCUGCUUUGGAUAUUGACCUAGCCGAGACGAGAUCCCCGACGGUGGACAAAGUUCAGCAGAACCGUUGGGGCGCGAGCAUCUUUUGGGACUUGAAGAAUAAGUUACGCUCUUCGUUGCGGAAGCCGAAGAGCGCGGAAAAGCUGGGCAAGGAGUUCGAUAAGCUCCCGGAAAUGCCAAGGACGACGCUAAACAUUGAGGAAUACAAGAAAAAGUAUCAGGAUGAUGCGGAACUGGAGCAGCUUUUCCAAUCACUUUGCAAUGCCGAGUUUCCGGCGCAAAGUCCAACGGGGAAAUUAAUCGAGCAAAUCAAGGAACAGAUACACGUUAAAAAGCAGUUGAAAAAAGCCCUAGCAAUUGGUCGAACAUCCGCGGAGUUCCAGUGCUCUGGACAGCUAGUUGAGGCAGAACGAUUGCUGCUGCUAUCAUCUUUACGAGAAAUAGCUGCAAAAAGAGAACUGAGGGAUAUAACUCGCAAUAAGAUGGCAGAUAGUGACCGAAAGGUUGACUUCGUGACGGUAACAAACUUCCAAUUUUCGUUGGGUGAACGAGCCAUAAACGACACCUUGUUUGACUAUUUCUACGUAGUGGUUUGUUCCUAUAAGAACCAGAUCCACGUGACACAGGCUGUCCAACAGUAUAAGAAUCGUGUUUACAUAAUGAACAGUAACAUCACGUUUCAUGAUCUGGAGGACGGAUACGAAAUUAAGGUGGAAAUCUUCGCUCUCAGAAUGAGAAAAAACUCAGCCUAUACCAACAGCCCACGAAAAGACAAAAAAUCUCCCAUCAAGACGAAGCUACGCCAGCAAAUCAAGAAACUCUCGUCGAGUCGUCCUAGUUCUCCGCCGUGUUUGGAUUUCGACAACGAAUUCUCUCGCUUCAAAUCCCAGGGAUCGGUAUCCAUAACCGCGUCCAACAUACAACCCUCGGGUUCCGCUAAUCUCCAACAAGAUUCUACUGUAUUCAAUUCCACGUACCGUCCUAUUACGAACAACUUCCAACAAACCAUACGACAGCACGGCAAUCAGAAUGUCUUUCUUGUGGAGAGCUCCAAGUUUUUGAUGCUUGACGAAAUGAACUACAACUCCAACCUGCUCGGAAGCAUUGAGAUGACCAUCAAAACUGAGGUCCUAUUCGCCAACCCCACCGUGAGUGGGUUCUUGACGGUAGGGGAGCGGAAAGACGACAGGCUCGAUUGGAACCGCAAGUGGUGCAAAGUUAAUGGGUUCGAGCUAGAGUUCUACAAUUACCCUCAGGAGAGCCAGGGAAAUAUACCGACACUCGUGAUAGAUUUGAAGAAGUGUAUCAACAAAACGGUGGGGCAUGUCGGAAGAUCAACAUGCUCACGACCUCGUACGUUCCAGAUAAAAGUACACGACGGGGAUGAUUCCGAGUGCUACGAUGCUGAUCUUUACGCGAAGAUCUGUCGCUUCCAGGAUAUUUUGGAACACGAAUACCACCCCCGACGGUCGUCCUGGAGUGAUACCAAGAGUUAUCUACUAUCCGCCGAUACAGUGCAAGAGCUGAACACAUGGCUCAGGGAGCUGAAUCGUGCUGUUUCGUUUCUGAACACGUGGCGAGUUUGAGAUUCGACCAUUUGUGUUCAUCGCAACAGUUGGGAAGAUAGUUUAGUUAAGCUCUUGUUACUUACUUGUAGGAAAAUAGUUAUAGUCGC